AUGGCUCCAGUGAAGCGGGAAAUUGUGGAGGAUGCUUUUCCCGAAGAAUACAGCCAUCCCAACAAGAGAUCUAAGCAACCCUCUUCUCUUUCGUACAAUCCUCUUGAUGAACCGAGUCCAUUGGGUUUACGGUUUAGGAAGAGCCCUUCGCUUCUGAAUUUGAUACAGAUGAGGCUUACUCAAGGGAAUAUUAAUAAGAUUGGAUCAUUAACUAAGGAGGAGCAAAAGGCUACAAUAUCUUCUACAUCUGAGAAGCUGCAAACUUCUAAUUUUACUAGUUCUCUAUUGAGGAUUGGUUCCUGGGAGUAUAAGUCAAGACAUGAAGGGGAUUUGGUGGCGAAAUAUUACUUUGCAAAGCAUAAGCUUGUAUGGGAAGUUCUUGAUGGUGGUUUGAAGAAUAAGAUUGAAAUUCAGUGGUCAGAUAUAAUGUCAUUAAAGGGUAAUUACCCAGAUGAUGGACCUGGGACUUUGGAUUUAGUGCUGGCUAGGCAACCACUUUUCUUUAGAGAGACCAAUCCACAGCCUAGGAAACAUACUUUGUGGCAGGCAACUACAGAUUUUACGGAUGGGCAAACAACUAUGCAUAAGUAUAAACUAGUAAUAAAUGGACAGCCAUGCAAUAGAAGAAUAUGA